AUGGCGCGAGCCAAGCGGAACAUCCUUGCUGCGGCCCAGGAGUCGACCACGCCCCCGGACGCCUUGCAGCCAAACCAGGCCCUCGCUCGCGUGGUCAAGGCUGAGGGUAACAACCUCUACACGUGCCAACUGCCGAACAAAAAGGAGAUCCUGGUCGAGUUGGCCCAGCGCUUCCGCAACACGGUAUGGGUCAAGCGCGGUGGUUACGUGCUCACCGAGCGUUUUCCCGAAGAGCAACAAACCAGUCGCCUCGUAGGUGAGAUCGUCAACGUGGUUGGGGACGAGAAGACCUGGCGCAAGCAGCCGUAUUGGCCCAAAGAGUUCGUCAAAAAUAGCGGACUGGACGAUGAGGAUGACGAGGACUCUACCGUCGGGAAAUUGCCCCCUUCAGACUCGGAAGACGAGCAGUAA